AUGAUCUUGGCACGAAUCCUGCUGGGGGUGUUGCCCCUCGCCGUCGCCCAGGACAUCGUCACGCUCAAUACCCCGUCAUCUCUGGCUCAGUGUCAGCUGCAGAGAAUCUCAUGGGAGGGCGGUGUUGGGCCAUACGAGCUGGUCGCGUAUGUAGAGGGCUCGACCUAUGAGAUCGGCACCGCCCCGGCGACGGCAACCGCGAUGAGCUGGCAGGUCAAUCUCGCGGCAGGCACAGCCGUGUCGCUGCGAAUCUUGAAUGCAAGAGGGAUGAUUCUGGAUCAAACGCCGCUCAUUACAGUCGCUAGAGGGACAGACACCUGCAAGUUGGUGAACGGACCACAGUCGAGCUCGACGUCCGUCAGCUCCUCGACUUCUGCGUCCUCCACGUCCUCAUCGACGUCGGUCACUGACCCGCCCAUCACUUCCUCGUCCACCUCUUCUGUGGAACCCACCUCGUCGCCAUCCAGCUCUGCGUCACCGUCUCCAACAUCAUCCCUGACAUCGAGCGAGCCUCCCGUCUCGGAAACUUCGACGACGGGACCAAGCUCCGACAUCCCCUCGUCAAGCGACAGCGGCAGUGCCACAGAAUCCCCGUCCUCGACAGACCCACCGCGCACCGAUGCCCAAGGACGGACAAUCACAGUCUAUCGCACAGGAAGCGUAGCGCCGACAUCCUCAGGAGAGCCCAGGGGCCCGGGCGGCGGUGGCUCCUCGCAAAACCUCGGGGCAAUCAUCGGCGGUUCGGUGGGCGGCGGUCUUGGCCUGGCGCUCAUCGUCGCCCUAGUCGUGUGGCGGUGCACGAAACGCAGGCGAGCGCGGGACGAGAAGUCUGCCUUUGUCAUCGACACGAUCGACCCCGAGACGGCCGAACCGGGCCCCGUGCAGCUCAUCACGCCGUAUCCGAACCCAAACCCGAACCCGGGCCCGGGGCUGUACAAGUCCUCAAGUGGCUCGGGCGCGUACGACACGACUACGUACGGCCCCUCGCGCUUCUCGCAAGAACACCUGUCCGACGACCAGUUUGCUGUCGAUGCGGGACCGGCGUCGACUCAGUGGCCCCCGAGGUACGACCCGGACUGGUCACAUGCGUCCAGGUAG